AUGGGGAGGAGUGGGGUUGGCAGAGCGCCGCUUGCGCUGCUGCUCUGCUUCAGCUGUGUUGUUGCGAGUGCUUUUGGGAGGGAAGUGGGGGGCGAGAAGGGCAGGGAGAAGGUCUUGUGGCCGACCAAAGGUGGCGGCUUCUUCCCCGGUUUCGGGAGGGGUAUUGGCCUCGGCGGCGGAUAUGGUGGGGGUGGACUCGGUGGUGGGAGUGGGCUUGGUGGCGGAGGGGGCUUGGGCGGUGGUGGACUUGGUGGUGGUAAUGGCCUUGGAGGUGGCAGCGGUCUUGGUGGUGGUGGUGGCCUUGGUGGUGGCGGCGGUCUUGGUGGUGGUGGUGGCCUUGGAGGUGGCGGAGGUCUCGGUGGUGACCAUGGUGGUGGUCUUGGGGGUGGUGGCGGUCUCGGUGGUGGCCAUGGUGGUGGCCUUGGGGGUGGUGGCGGUCUCGGUGGUGGCCAUGGUGGUGGGCUUGGAGGUGGCGGUGGUCUUGGUGGUGGUGGUGGCCAUGGUGGUGGACUUGGAGGUGGCGGCGGUCUUGGUGGUGGUGGUGGCCAUGGUGGUGGACUUGGGGGUGCUGGCGGUCUCGGUGGUGGCCAUGGUGGUGGACUUGGAGGUGCUGGCGGUCUCGGUGGUGGCCAUGGUGGUGGACUUGGAGGUGGCGGCGGUCUUGGUGGUGGUGGUGGUGGACUCGGCGGUCACCUUGGAAAAGGUGGUGGUGCCGGUAGCGGUUUCGGCAAGGGUGGCGGUUUUGGUGGAGGAAUUGGGAAAGGUGGCGGGUUUGGUGGUGGUGCCGGUGGCGGUUUUGGAAAGGGUGGCGGGUUUGGUGGUGGAGUUGGCAAGGGUGGCGGGUUUGGUGGUGGCGCAGGUGGUGGUUUCGGCAUGGGUGGUGGUGCUGGGGGUGGGUAUGGGAAAGGUGGGGGACUCGGGGGAGGACUAGGAGGAGGAGGGGGUGGUGGAUUUGGUGGUGGCGGAGGGUUUGGAGGAGGAGGUGGCGGCGGGUUUGGCAGUGGUGGUCACCGAGUGAAGCAUUAG